GACUUGAGGGUGAUCUACCUUUCGUUAUUUGUUUUCUCGGCCCAUGGUAACAUUGCAGACUCUGACAUGAGCUGAUUUCGAGAAAAGAUGAACUUUUAUUGCCAGAGAAUAUUCAAACAUCACAUAUCAGAUGUGCAUGCCUAAGGAGUACGUCGUUUCGCUUCCCGCGAAUCUCCCAUCUCCCCUAUAAAAUCCCGCGCGACAUCCUCGCCGCUCGCGCGUCAGGGAGGAAAGGCUGCUGCUUGUUUGUGCUGAUUGAUCGAUCAAUGGCGCGGAGGAUGAGAGCCGGCGGGAUGGCUCUGGUGGUGGUGGUGGUGGCCGCGGUCGCGGCGUGCCUGCUCGACGGCGCCGCCGCGCUGCACCUGUGCACGGACAGGCUGUUCAAUGACACGCAGGGGAGGCACUCGGACGGGCUGCCGCACCUGAACAAGGCGGAGGAGGCGACGUGGAUGACCCUCCUGCCGCGCCGCGCCGGGCCCCGGUCGGAGUUCGACUGGCUGGCGCUCUACCGGAGCCUCACGCGCGGCGGCGGCGGCGGCGGCGUCGAACAGGCGGAGUUCCUCUCGCCGGCGUCUCUCCACGACGUCCGGCUUGACGCCGACGGCGCCUCCAUGUACUGGCAGGGCCAGCAGACCAACCUGGAGUACCUGCUCUACCUCGACCCCGACCGCCUGACAUGGACGUUCCGAAAGCAGGCCAAACUUCCCACCGUCGGCGAGCCCUACGGCGGGUGGGAGUCGCCGGACGGCCAGCUCCGUGGCCAUUUCACAGGUCACUACCUGAGCGCGGCGGCGCACAUGUGGGCGAGCACGCACAACGACGCACUGAAGGAAAAGAUGACGAAGGUAGUGGACAUCCUCUACUCCUGCCAGAAGAACAUGAACUCGGGUUACCUAGCAGCCUAUCCCGAAUCCAUGUUCGACUUGUACGAUCAGCUGGCCGAGGCAUGGUCGCCGUAUUACACCAUCCACAAGAUCAUGCAAGGCCUUCUUGAUCAGUAUACAUUGGCUGGGAACCCGAAAGGUCUCGAGAUUGUGGUGUGGAUGACUGAUUACUUCAGUGUUCGUGUGAAGAAGUUGAUACAGGAGUACAGCAUUCAGAGGCACUGGGAAGCGAUGAACGAGGAAACCGGUGGAUUCAACGAUGUCAUGUAUCAGCUUUAUGCCAUAACGAAAGACCAGAAGCAUUUGACAAUGGCGCAUCUUUUUGACAAACCAUGCUUCCUUGGACCACUUGGGCUUCAUGAUGAUGACAUAUCAGGGUUGCAUGUUAACACACAUGUUCCUGUCCUCGUUGGUGCACAGAAGAGAUAUGAAUUAGUUGGGGAUCAACUUUACAAGGAAAUUGCAACAUUUUUCUUUGAUGUUGUGAACUCCUCUCAUACAUUUGCAACAGGAGGCACAUCUACCAUGGAGCACUGGCAUGAUCCAAAGCGGCUAGUAGACGAGAUCAAAAUCAGCUCAAAUGAGGAGACUUGCGCCACCUACAACUUGCUCAAGGUCUCACGGAAUCUGUUCAGGUGGACAAAGGAAGGUAAGUACGCCGAUCACUACGAGAGGCUACUUAUCAACGGGAUCAUGGGCAACCAGAGGGGAAAGGAGCCCGGUGUGAUGAUCUAUUUUCUUCCCAUGGGGCCCGGACGAUCCAAGAGCAUCAGUGGCAUGCCCACCUCUGGCCUGCCCCCCAAUAACCCAGGAGGAUGGGGUAACCCAAAUGCUACAUUUUGGUGCUGCUAUGGGACAGGGAUAGAGUCAUUCUCAAAGUUAGGGGAUUCCAUCUACUUCUUGGAGGAGGGAGAUCUCCCUGGGCUUUACAUCAUUCAGUACAUACCAAGCACUUUUGAUUGGAAAGCGGCAGGGCUGACCGUCAAGCAGCAGGCCAAACCCCUCUCCUCGACAGAUUCUUACUUUGAGGUUUCGCUCUCCGUUUCUUCGAAGGGAGAUGCCCGGCCGGCAAAUGCGAAUGUGAGGAUCCCGUCAUGGACAUCAGCCGAUGGAGCAAUAGCAACUCUCAAUGGACAAAGGCUCAACCUGACAUCUGCAGGCGAUUUCCUCUCUGUGACCAAACUCUGGGGCAAUGACACGCUGUCGCUACAAUUCCCCAUCACCUUAAGAACUGAGCCGAUCAAAGAUGAUCGCGAGGAGUACGCGUCCAUCCAAGCGGUGCUGUUCGGGCCUCACCUCCUCGCCGGCCUGACGCACGGCAACCAGACCGUGAGCUCCAGCAACGACUCCAACGCCGGCCUGACCCCCGGCGUCUGGGAGGUGGACGCCACCGCCGACGCCUCCGUCGCCGCCUGGGUCACUCCAGUCUCCCACCGAUCGCUCAACUCGCAGCUUGUCAGCCUCACGCAGCAGCGCGGCGGCUCCUCCGGCGACGGGAAGGCGUUCGUCCUGUCGGUGUCGAUCGCCGACGGCGCGCUGACCAUGCAGGAGGCGCCCGCCUCCGGGAGCGACGCGUGCGUGCACGCCACGUUCCGGGCCUACUCCGGCGCCGGCGCCUUCGACGGCAGCGGGAGGCUGCAGGGCCGGGGCGUGACGCUCGAGCCGUUCGACCGGCCGGGCAUGGCAGUCACCGGCGCGCUCAACGUCAGCCGGCCGGGCCCGGAGCCGGACACGCGGUUCAAGUUCAACGCCGUCGCCGGGCUGGACGGCCUCCCCGGCUCGGUGUCCCUCGAGCUCGCCGCCAGGCCGGGGUGCUUCGUGACGGCCCCCACCACAUCCUACCUCCCCGGCGCGAAAGCUCAGGUCAGCUGCCGGAACACCGCCGCCGCCGACGACGACACGGCGUUCCGCCUCGCCGCGAGCUUCACGCAGGCGCCAUCGCUCCGGCAAUACCACCCGCUGAGCUUCGCGGCGAAGGGCACGGAGAGGAACUUCCUCCUGGAGCCAUUGCAGAGCCUCCAGGACGAGUUCUACACCGUCUACUUCAACGUCAUCACCAACUCCUCCGCCGUGUGAGGAAGCCAGGCCAGCCACGCACGCCAUGGAUUGACAAACACAUCACACUGUCCUACCUAGGACCAAAGAUUGUUAAUUAAUCGAUAUAAAACCUAGUUACCUAUAAGAACCUAAUUACCUAACAAUCAUCACCAUCACCACCACCAUGGCCGUGAUGAUUCAAUGCACGUGGCUCGUGAUCCAGAAAGACGAUGGCGAUGAAAUGUCUUCGCGGUGGUUGAAUCUUGAUCCAUAAAUUAUGUGCCGUCCAAUUAGGCCAUUAUUGAUUGCUCUCGUGGAAUCUUGGAGAAUUUUUGCUGCUUCUAUUCCAUCACCGAUUAGUAUAGUAGUAGUACCGUCCAAUAUUAUUGCAGAGCCGUCACGAGAUGAGUAGCUUUUGCUCGCUUCGUCAGGCCCAAGAAUCUUUAAGAACUGUCACUGAUGUUUUUCUGGUGGUGCUCCGACCAGAUCACCAGCAGAAGAAGA